GAGGCUGCGAGCCUGGAGGAGCAGGCCAAGGGCAGGGAAGCAGAGGCCAGCGAGAUCGAGAAAAAGGCGGCGCAGCUCAAGAAGAAGGCCGACGACGAGUGGAAGAAGGCCGACGACGUGAAGGAGAAGGCCAGGAAGGAGCUGGAGAAGCACCGCGAGUGCCUGGACCUGCCCGGCAUCCGGCUGAGCAAGGGCGAGAACGAGAUCCUGGCCGCCGAGGGGGACGACGCCAUCUGGAACGCCGAGCUCUGCCGGCACCGCUGCCUGGAGAACACCGA